CCAGCGUUACCUGCCACGUCCAGGGGUAAUGACACCACAGAUCCAGGGCAGGCAUCCCCAAGAGCAUCGCCCCCACUCUCAUCUUUUCUCCCACGAGACCGUCGAACCAAAGCUCACACAUGGUUUGCAGCAGCUUUCUGCAUAAUAUUUUGGCUCCUCGUAAUAAUAGGAGGCUUAGUUGUUCUCAUAGUCUAUCUCGUCUUUCGACCACGUAGUCCACGUUUUGACGUUAAUAGCGUCACCUUGAAGGCAGCGUAUCUCGACAUGGGUUACCUGCUCAAUGCUGAUAUUAGCAUGCUGGCUAACUUCACAAAUCCAAACAAGAAGGUGAGCGUGGAUUUCAGUUCCAUGUACCUUGAUCUUUACUUCGAGAACACCCUGAUUGCUACUCAGUCAAUAGAACCUUUCUCGGCGGCAAGAGGUCAGUCCAUGUUUGCAAAUAUUCACAUGGUAACAAGCCAGGUUAGGCUUUCAGUGAAAGAUACUCUGCUGCUCCAAAGGCAGAUCGAGAACAACCGAGUCAUGUUUACUCUCAAGGGCUUGUUUCGUGCUCGAUCCAAUCUCGGAGGUUUCUUGAAAUAUUCGUAUUGGUUGCACGGUCUUUGUAGCGUAAUGGUGUCCAGCCCUCCAACUGGUGUCUUGAGAGAUAAAAGAUGCAGAACGAAACACUGAGGAAUCGAUUGUAAUUCUUCAUACUAUUUUACUUUUGGUUCAAAACUCAUUAUAAUCAUAUCAGAUAUUCAUUUUGCUCUUGAAACAAAAACACUUUGAAGAAACCAUUUCAUAUCUGUCAAAAUUGAUUUUGCUAAUUUACGGAGAAAUCAUCACCAUUGUU